AUGCAAUAAUAAUAUUCUAAUAGUACAAUAUAGGAUUUCAAUAUACUUGAGAAAUUGGGAGAAGGAUCUUUUUCUUCUGUUUAUAAGGUAAUAUUAAGAAUUGAUAUCUUUAGGUUUAAAGAAAAUCAGAUAGUUAAUAUUAUGCUAUGAAGAAAGUGAAUAUUUCAUAAUAGAGUUUGAAAGAGAGAGAAAAUGCUUUAAAUGAAAUCAGAAUAUUAGCAUCUUUGGAUUCACCAUAUAUAGUAGAAUUUAAGGAUGCUUUUAUAGAUCAAGAUGGAAGAAUUCUUUUUGUAAUAAUGGAAUAUGCAUCAGGUGGAGACUUAAAUUAGAUUUUAAAGUAAGGUAAAUUAGAAGGUGGAAUUAAAGAGAGUGAAAUUUGGAAUAUAUUAACAUAGAUAACACUAGGAGUGAAAAUAUUACAUGAAAAUGACAUAUUGCAUAGAGAUCUUAAAUCAGCCAAUGUAUUUGUGUCUAAGAUUCCAUAAGGAAAUAUAUAUAAAAUAGGAGAUUUAAAUAUUAGUAAGGUAACUCAUGGGGCAAAUGCUAAGACAUAGACAGGAACACCAUGUAUUGAUAUUCAUUUAAAUAAUAGAUUAUGCUGCACCUGAAGUAUGGAAAGGUGAAUAAUAUUCAUGGCCUUGUGAUAUUUGGUCAAUUGGUUGUAUAAUAUAUGAAUUAACUACAUUUCAACCUCCUUUUAGAGCUGCAGAUCUUUAGUCAUUAAAUAAAAAGAUUUAAGCAGGUUUGUAUGAUCCAAUACCAUCCAAAUAUAGUUAAGAUCUAUAAGAUAUAUUAAAGAUACUCUUAUAAGUUAAUCCAAAAAAUAGACCAAAUUGUGAUUAAAUUCUCAAAAAUCCAAAAGUCAUUAAGAAUAGUGGAUCGUUAUUAGUAGAAGUCGAGAAAAAUGGUGUUAAAUAAGCUAAACUAUUAUAAACUAUUAAACUCCCUUUUAAUUUAAAGUAAUUAAAGGAUAAUUUACCAAAGUCUAAAUAUGAAAAUAAAAUUACAAGAUCACAUUCUUAAUAAGGACUUAAAAUUGAAACUGAUAAUCCUAUAUCUCAAUAACCUCGAAUUAAUAUGGAAAUAUAAUAAUAAUAAGAAUAAUAAUAAUAAUAAUAAUAAUAAUAAUAAUAAUAAUAAUAAUAAUAAUAAUAAUAAUAAUAAUAAAGAAAAAAAUUAAUUAGUGUCCCAUCAUAAGGUGCUCCAAUCAAAAGCAAACCUCCUUUAGCCAAACCUCAAAUUGUAUAGCCUUAAAAAUUUUAAUAACAUCCUUAAACACCAUAAUAUUAAGGAUAAAAAAUAUAAUAUAAGGAUUAAAAUUCAUAGUAUUUCUAUAUUAUAUAUAUUAGAAAUUAAGGACAGUAAUAUUGUAAACCUACAUUCUUGAAAUAAAAUUAUGGAAUUCGGGAUAUUUCACCAAGGAAUCACAAUAAUCCUUAUUUACAAUAAAGAGUAGGACAUCACAAUUAAUAAAAUAUAGGGAAACCAACACAAUAGAAAAGACUGCAUAGUGCAGGUAUAUAUGGAAGAUAAUAAAUAUAUAAAUGA